UAAUUUUUUGUCUUUGCAGAAGGCAUUUUGGAGAUUGAAGAUGGGUAGAAAAGAUGCCUCCACCAUAAAACUUCCUGUCGAUCAGUACAGAAAGCAAAUUGGUAAACAGGAUUAUAAAAAGACCAAACCUAUUUUACGAGCAACCAAAUUAAAAGCAGAAGCAAAGAAAACAGCAAUAGGCAUAAAGGAAGUGGGCCUUAUCCUUGCAGCCAUAUCCGCCCUCCUGCUGGCUUUCUAUGCUUUCUUUUAUCUCAGACUGUCCGCAGAUGGCGACCCUGAUCUGGAACCUGACGAAGAGUAGCCGAGCGGCAACCAGUGCGUUACAAGGAGACUCUUUUGUACAAGGACCUUUUGGAAACAAUGCUUUCCGAAGUACUGAAACGACUACAUCUUUUCUGCUGGUGUUUUCAGUUUGCAGAAACCUCUUUUUAAAGAGUUACCUAGUAUAUCAAGAAAAGAACCUUCACCCAGCAAAGUGGUGUAAUGUAUGCUCCCGAACUCUUUCAUAAAUCUUUCUACUCACACAGGAGGCCUGUUCACGGUGCAUUUAGAUAAAAGGGAAAACAGAUCCCAAAUCCUUCAGAUGUUUUAACCAGUCUGUGUGUAUAACUCCGCAUCACUUGCCGAUUACUAAAUCUGUUUUUGUUCCACGCAUGUUCAGAAGUAAAAGUAUAUAUCCUUAUUUACAGAAACACACUCAGAUCACAUUCAAAGCUGGAGAAGGGAUGAAAAGUCAUGGGAAAUUUUCCAUUUUAUGAAGAAGUCCUGCUUUCUUUCCAGGCAUAUUUUGUGUCAUUAGAGAUACGAUCUGCACAUACAGCUACAGUAAUCUUUUUCCUCCAUGCCAACUGUUCAGUGCACAUGUGCUCCGUCAGAGAUGGCACCUGGAUGACAGACGCCAAAGAGCCACAUAUGUCUCGAAAAUCGAGCUCCUUUCCUCGGAGGCUGUCUAAACUGGUGUAAAUAGGAAGCUCAGUUGAUCUUGGUGUUAAUUAACUUAUUAGUCUAUUAAUAUAAACUUGGAAUUCCAUUUUAAUGAUGUUCUGGCUGCUUGCGGUAUCGGUUUGCUUCUCUUGUUGGGGCUUUAUAAAGUAGCAAUCUGUGAUUUAAUUGUAGUCUUUUUCACAUAAUGGUAACAGUGGAAGUCCUGCCUACUCAGAGCAAUUUUCAUGGGUUAUCUCUUAAAGCCGAACAAUGCAAAGUUAUUUUGCAAAAUUCCAUUUUGUCUCUUGACAGAUAACCAAUUAGAACUCUUUCAUGGAAAGUAAAUAGAAGAAAAUAUGUGUCUCAUUACUGGCAUAUGCAGUUUUCUGUCUAGAUAAUUUUUCAAGCUAUUUUGCAUUUGUUACAAUAUAAUGACAAAUAUAUUCAGUAUUUUUACUGGUAAUGGAAUUCUUCAUAUUUUUAGAACACAUGAAUACAUAAAGCUUAGAAAAUGGAAGAAUAUGUUUACUGUUAGAGUUGUCAGCUACUACCUUAUGUAAAGAUUUUUAGAAAAGGAAUAAUUUGAAACAUGCACACAAAAUGUUUUGUAGUAUAUACACUCUAUUUGUGAAGACUAAAUAAAAUGUUAAGAUUGUCUCCAUACUUGCCAAGGGAAGAAAGCUUUUGGAAAUACCCUACAUAUUCUUUCAGACUUCUGCAGAUAGUGGGUGUGACUACAGCGUUCUGUUCUGCAGAAUGUUUUCAAGCAGCAUAAUUAGUCAUCGGUGUGAAAACAGCCAAAAUUUCCAAUAUCCUCACAAAUCAUUUAUGCCAAACAUCUGAGGGCAAAAUUUAGACAGUGUUACUUACUGGAUCCUUCCCCUUGAAAUCACAAACUCGGAGACAGACCAAGAGUUCGUACACGCUCACCCAGUAGACCAGUCCAAAUGGCAUUUCUAGGAAAGGGUACAGCGUUCAAUGCCAUGUGGUAUGUCUGUCUGUGAAGUGGGUGGUAGGGGACUAUGCAAGCUGGCAUUUUGGAUAUGAUGAGCCUUUUACUUUCCCAAGUGACGUGCCACAUGUCAAGAAAUACUUUUCCCCCAUUCCUAUUACGUUUAUGUGAACAAUUUUCAUUUCCUUCUUUCCCCUCCCAUGUGGUAUUAACGACAAUCUUAUUAAAUAAAGUUAUUGCUAAUUUCAGUGUUGAUUUAAAUGACAGGAUAUGUAAUAAUUGUUUUAUUAGAUACUAAUUCAAGUGAGAGCAGAAUUUGUAGUGUAUAAAAUAGAUGCUUAUACCUUCGGAAAAUGUUUGAAUAUUCAUUACCCUGGAAAAAACAACAUUACUCUCCAGUUCUACUCUGGAGGUAUCUUUUGGGGGGAAAAAUGUUCUCUCUUUUUAAAAAUUUAAGGUGUAGUUAAUAUGUAAUAUAUUAGUUUUAGGGGUAGGACACAGUUAUGUGACAAAAACUUUCUUUCUGAUAGUCAUAAAUAUUAGUCUAAACAUAGUAUAAUUGUGGUCAGUUUCAUGACCCAGUUUUCUAAUAACCCUGAACCUGUGGCUAGUUCAUUUUUGUGGACUCAUGACAGCCCCAGAUGACAGCCCCAAUGGCUGAGCUCUGGCUUUAGUAAAUAGCAGGUAAAGUGAGACAACAUCUGUUUACGUAACACUGUUUCUGUGGAGUGCAAAUAUUUCAUUCUCACACUCACUGGGGAGCAGCCAAUCCUCUGGAGAAACCCCAGACCGAAGUCUGCUUUCCCUCUUUGACGAGGGGCUGGUCCGCCCGCAGUUUCUGGGGACUGCACUUUUGAAUAGCAAGUGGUGUUUGGCAUAAACCUGAGACUGGUGCCAGAUUCAAAUUUUAAGUAUGGGUUUUUCCCCUCCAAUAAUCGACUGCUCAGAGUAAUCCAGAAGACAAAAAGAGAAAAAGUAUAGUGACUUUUCAGAAUGUUAGAAUCUGUAACAUGCUCUGCAGAAUAAAUUGCAACUCAUGCCACAGACUUGCCAUGUAGCCUGUGUGAGUGAAGCCUGAAGGGUUGGCAGAGAAAAUAAAGAAUGUAAAAUUCAUUUGAGAAGAAACGUAAGAAUAUAACCUCAUCUAGAAUUUCUGUUUAAAACAAAUGAACAAAAAGCCUAACUUAGCACCAGCAUAGGGGUUACUGUUUUAAGGUGGCCAAAUACUUGGAGAUUUUCUAUCUUCAAUAUUUCAUAGAGGUGGAAUACUCUCGUUCCAACCAGUGAUGGCGAGAUACUGAUGUUCUUACUCCUUUUUAGAAUUCCAGUAACAGUGAUCCGCACAUAUUUAAUAAGUGCACGUCAAAAUUUCAGUUAAUGUUUUUCAGUCCCCUCAGAAUCUGGCAUAGGUUUUGCAUGUAGCGGAUGAUCAAAAUUAUUUGCACUUAAUAAAUAAAACUUAAAAAUCACAAUGUUUCUCAAUCUUAACAUUCAGUAUUUAUGGCCACUGGUUGUACUGGGACAUAUAUGCGUUUCUUACUGGUUUUCUUUAAUAUCAAGACAACUAGCACUACAUCUACUGUGGAACAGAGGAAUUGCUCUUUUCUAGUUCAUCAGAUACACUGUUUUUAUCUUAGUAUUGUUAAGCCAUACUUAAUGUUUUCAUUGUAACUUAGUAUACAUCUUCAUUCCCAAAGAAAAUAAAACUAAAUUUUCAUUA